CAUUUGUCAGACUAACUCACCUGUCUCUCCCCCCCAACCCCCAGUGGAUGAGAGAUGACCCCAGUAGUGGGCUGCUGAAGUAGGUUCACCCUAUUUCAGAACCUUCUCUAAGAACUAAGAAGACUCACUGGAAACAGCACUGAAUGUCACACUCUCACCUCUCAGUUCUCUCCAGGAUAUACGCCAAGUGUAAAAUUACCAUCAUUAUUACAGCGAGCAUCUUCAUACUAAAUAUAUAUACAUAUAUACAUAUACACACACACAUAUAUAUAUACACGUGUGUGUGUGUGUGUGUGUGUGUGUGUGUGUGUGUGUGUGUGACUCUAGAUGGAUUAAGACAAGAUUCCCGGGGCUGGAGAGAUGGCUCAGCGGUUAAGAGCACUGCUCUCCCAGAGGUCCUGAGUUCAAUUCCCAGCAACCACAUGGUGGCUCACAGCCAUCUGUAAUGGGAUCUGGUGCCCUCUUCUGGUGUGUCUGAAGACAGUGACAGUGAACUUACUCCAUGCAUAAAUAAAUAAAUAAAUAAACAAACAAAGGGCAAGAUUCUGAAAUAUUAAACUAUUGGAUAGAAUAUCAUGAUUACACAGAGGCUGGAGGAAUGGCUCAGUGGUUAGAAACACUGGCUGCUUUCCCAGAAGACCCAGGUUCAGUUUCCAGCAACUGUGGUUGUGUGGUGACCCACAACCACCUGUAGCUCCAGUCCCAGGGGAUUCAAACAUACUCUUGGCCUCCAUGGGCACUGUACACAUGCUACACAGACAUACAUGAAGGCACAACACCCACACACAUAAAAAAAAUAAAAAGAAAAACCCAUAAAAAUACUUAUCCUAUUUUUGUAAUAGUGUUGCUUAAAUAUUCAGAAGCACUCUCUCUAAAGCCCCUAGGAUACUCUACUGCUGCUGCCCACUUCUUUAAUCAUUUAUUUAUUUAUUUAUUUAUUUAUUUAUUUAUUGACUGACAGGGUUUCUGGGUGCAGUCUUGGCUGUCGUGGAACCAACUGGCUUUGUAGGCCAGGCUGGCCUUGAACUCACUUAGAUCCACCUGCCUCUGCCUCCCGAGUGUUGGGAUCAAAGGUGUGCGCCACCACACCCUGCUCAGACAAAGUUUUCUCACAGCACAGCACCGCUCACUCAUUUACUUAUUGUCUGUGGCUGUUCUCCUGCCACGCGGAAGCUUAGUAGUUACCAUGGAAACCCUGUGGCAGGCAAAGCUGAAGAUGUUACUAAGUGGCCCUUUAUAGAAAAAGGUCACCGGCUUCUGCUGUAGCUAAAAUCGAGGGACAAGGGAUGAUUCCGGCAGAGUUUUAUCAGGACAGAUAUCUCAAGCAGAGGUGUGUGGAAGGGGUACUUGAGGGAGAACAUUAUAAGGUAACAUUGUUUCGAGCGGGUGCAGGCUUUUGACUUCUUUCUCCUACAGAGGAAGACAUACAGUUGAUGCCUAAGGGGGUUGCUUGGGUGUUCAUGGUGGGUGUGGACAUGGUGAUACCCACCCCCUCCCCUUUCUGCCAUUGCCCAGUUUUUCAGGGCUCUUAGAAUUCAUCCUGGAUGGAUAAACUUCCUCCUCAAACUCCCUGUGUAUACAGAAAAGCUGUUCUAUUAUUCAAAUUCUCCAAGAUCAAGGACAUGAAAUGAAGGCUGCCCCUGGCCCCAUAAGACAUCCGAACAAAUCUCACGGCUUCCAAAUGUGACUGUGUCACCCUGGGAUUAAUACCAAGUAAUCCAGUUCCAGCAUCAAGACAGCGAAAAUAAGCAUUUACUCUCCCGGAAAAUCAUUUUAUACUGAUUACAAGUUGUAGCCUGUCACUGUGACGGGAAUUGGAAAUGUGUACAUUUGCGAGGUUAAUAUUUCUCUCUAAAGCUGCUUUCUCCCCCGCCCCCACCUGCUCAAAAGGGACAGAGCUCGAAGUAAACAUUUGUCCAGAGACAGCUGCCUACUGACACAUGGAGUCCGAGCGACCUUUUCAUUUACUCGCUGGACUGGACAGGGCACAGUAACGUUGAGAAACAAAGUAGCCAUGGUCACUGCUGUUCACGGCUCAGGCGAGAUCAUUCUGUCCUGGGGGCUGGCUCUUAGCUGGAGAGACGGUCAGCCUUGGGCCUGGCUUUUACUUGUGAUACCAGUGGAACCUCAUCCUUAACCAUGACAGUGAUUGUGCCUUGCUGGGGUCAACCCAAUCUACGCUAAAAUCCGCAGGCUGGACACUUUGAAUUGGGAAAGCGCUUGCUGGGCACCCGUGAGACCGGAGUUCAGAUCUCCAGCAUGCUUCGUGUGACUGCAAAUGCCUGUAAUCCCAGCAUGAGGGAAUUGAGACAGGAGGAUGCCAAGUACUCUCUGGUUAGCCAGUCUAGCUAAAUCAGUAACUUCCCGGUCCAGUGAGAGAUCCUGUUUAAAAAGAAAAAUUAAAGGUCAUCUGGACGUGCCAGCGCAUUCCUUUAAUCCCAGCAUCCAAGAAACAGGCACAGAGGCAGGUUGUUCAAAGCCAGCCUGGUGUACAUAGUGAGUUCCAGGCUAGCCAGGGCUAUGUGGGAAGACCCUAUUAAAAAUUGGAACACGAAAGAGGAAAGCCCCCUUAUGUUGACCUCUGACCUCCACAUUCACCUGUGGGCCCCCACACAUGCACACAAACGAAAGCAUGUAUUCACAUGUGCACACACACUAAAUAAUACACAAACAAACAUACAGUUAGAGAUGCUGAAAGCAGCAAUUGGCCAAACCAACAAAGUACGAUCAGCAGUGUGGUCACCGUCCACCUCCCUGCUUCUCCUGUGUCUCUGCUUCAACUCUUUCAACCCAAGGUAAGUCAUGCCAGCUCGUCAGCGGUGUCAUCUCCAAGUCACCCGCAGUGGUUUUGUUUGUUUGUUUGUUUGUUUGUUUUGCUUAGUUCACUCAACUUACAGAGAAUCACCACCUCUGGGAAGCCCUCCGGGGUGACAUGGAGUUAGACUCAGUUUCUCUCAGGCCCUCGUCACAUUCUAACAUGUGAUGCUGGUCCUGCCACAGAGGAACUGGGCCCAAAGUCAUGGCCAAAGGGAAACAGUCUAUAAAAAGCUGACACCCCAAAGCCCCACUCGGAAGCCUCCCCCUCCUCCCCUCAUCAUGAGUGAUCAGUGGAGUUCACCGUCCAAUCGUUUUUGUGCCAAUGCUUGAGAAGAACUGAGCUAUGCUGAAGAGAAGCAGGCAGGGCACCUUUACUCACCAACCCUGGACCGUGGAGUGCUUGCCUUUGCAGUAAAGAACAUCUGGGGACAUCAGAAGUCACGGUCUUACACUGUUACACACCAGCUUCUCUGCGAAAGUUCACUCCGUCUGCCUUCAGUAAUUACAUCUCUAUAAUAUGGCACUAGUGACCAUUAAUUAAUUAAUUAAUUAAUUAAUAUCAGAUAACUGACCACUGGAAGAUUUAAACUAGGCGAUAUUCUAGAAACAUCUAAACAGAGCCCCUUUCUGGCACACAAUAAGCACAUAAUCCCCUCCCCCACUGGAUUGGUGACUGAACCCCCAGGGCCUUAUGUAUGGGAAACCAGGUUCUUGUAACCUGAGCCACGUCUGUCUCCAGCUUUCCUCCACACAGCCUUACUCUGUCUUGUCCACCCAUCCGCCCAUCCAUCCAUCCAUCUAUCUGCCCAUCUGUCCAUCCAUCCAUCCAUCCAUCCAUCCAUCCAUCCAUCCAUUUAUGAUAGGGUCUCUCUAUGUAACCCUGGCUGUCCUAGAAUUAAUUCACUCUGUAGACCAAGCUGGCUUCAAACUCACAGCGAUGUGUCUGCCUUUCUCCCUGUGCGCUGGCAUUAAGGCAUGUGCCAUUAGUGGAGUGGCUUUUUGGAUUUCAACCUAAAUCUGUUAUUCUUGGAAAUUUCCAGAGAAGUCCAGAGAAGUGUUUCUGUUUCUCUUCUUGUUUUGAGACAAGGUUUCUCUGUGUAGCUCCUGGAACUCACUUUGUAGACCAGGCUGGCCUGGAACUCACAUUCACCUGCCUUCACCUACCAAGUGCUGGGAUUAAAUAUGAGAGCAACCACACCCUGUUUCUAUGUUUUUGUAACUGGCUUUUCCCCUGCCUCUUGCCUGGGUCUCUGAUGUUGGCCUUAUGAUCUGUCCCCCCCAAUACCUGUGUUACUACAGUGGAUUAGAUUUUUGUUGUUGGUGAUGUUGGUGGUUUUGUUGUUGUUGGUGCUAUGGUGGUGGUGGUGGUGGUGGUGGUGGUGGUGAUGAUGGUGGUGGUGGUGGUUUUGGUGGUGGUUCUGGUGGUAGUGGUGGUGGUGGUAGUUUUGGUGGUGGUGGUAGUUUUGGUGGUGGUGGUGGUUUUGGUGGUGGUUCUGGUGGUAGUGGUGGUGGUGGUAGUUUUGGUGGUGGUGGUAGUUUUGGUGGUGGUGGUGAUGGUGGUGGUGGUGGUGGUAGUUUUGGCGGUGGUGGUGAUGGUGGUGGUGGUGGUUUUGGUGAUGGUGGUGAUGGUGGUGGUGAUGGUGGUGAUGGUGGUGGUGGUUUUGGUAAUGGUGGUGAUGGUGGUGGUGGUGGUGAUGGUGGUGGUGGUGGUGGUGGUGAUGGUGGUGACUGUGGUGAUGGUGAUGGUGGUGAUGGUGGUGAUGGUUUUGGUGGUAGUGGUGAUGGUGGUUUUGGUGGUGAUGGUGGUGAUGGUGGUGGUGAUGGUGGUGGUAGUGGUGGUGGUGGUGAUGGUGGUGGUUUUGGUGGUGGUGGUGGUGGUGAUGGUGGUGGUUUUGGUGGUGGUGGUGGUGGUGAUGGUGGUGGUGGUGGUGAUGAUGAUGGUGGUGGUGCUAUGGUGGUAGUGGUGGUUUUGGUGAUAUUGUUGGUUAUACAUGUAUUUAAUGGGCAUUUCCCACUGAGCUUUGAUACUUGCAGCCAGAACUUCUCGUAACACUUUUUGUUUUACUGAUUUAUUUAUUUAUUUUGAGGUGGGGUCCAGCCUGGCCUGGAAAUCCUCAUGAAUGCUAGGAUUACUGACAAAGGUCCCCUCAUUUAUUUGUAUGUCCCAAUGCCCAUCGGGGCAUGACAUUCACUGAAGCAAACGAGCACUGGGCAGAAUCGCCCACCCUCCAACGGCUGCACCUGCACUUGCAGAAUUGUUUCCUUCUGGGCCCAGGGCCCAGCCUAGAACACAAUCUUAGACACACAGUAGAUGCUCAUUAAACACUUGCCUAGUUACACCCAGUCUUUCUGGCAUCUUUAGAAGCCAUGUUCGUCAGGGGCUGCUAAGCUUCUUCGCCAGGAAAUGCCACCACCGGGUUAGUUUUAGACGGCUUUCACUACGUAGCCCAGGUUGGCCUCAAGCUCAGAUCCUCCAGUCUCAGCUUCUCUACUACUGGGUUUCUAGGUGUCACGCUCAGCGAUUCCCAUCGGGCUUAGUUGUCCUGUAACGGCCUUAGUUUUUCACUCCCUCAGUGGCCGGAUGCACGUGGGAGGUGCCUCGUGAAGGGUUUUUGGGGUGGCUUAGUUUUGGGGUGGCUUAGCCUUUCUAUUGCUGUGACAAAAACACAAUGAUUGAAGAGUAAGUUGGGGAGGAAAGGGUUUGAUGGCACCACCCUCCGGACUCCGCCGUCAGUCUCUAAUAAAGAAAAGGCUCUACUGACUUGGCCACAGCCUGGUGUUAGGGAGGCCUCUUCUCAGUCGGGCUGCCUCCUCUCAGAUGACUCUAGCUUAUGUCAAGCUGACAUAAACCAGCCCAGGGAGGGGAUGCAGAUGCUUUCUACCUGAGACAGAGUCUUGACUACCAGGCUGUUUUCCCCUAGGUGGAGAACUGAGGACAAAAGGAAUUUGGACAUUUCCCUGCCUGGCCUUGAUUUACCCCUGCCAGCCUUCACCCAUGGUGUGAACUGGCCAGUGGCGUUUUCCUUUGGCUGCUGUUCUGUCUUGUCCAGACAGGGACCUACAGGUAGCCAGAUAGGGAAGUCCAAAGUUAGGCUUCCAGAAUAUCCAGCACUGAAUUGAACGAAGCCCAGCCCAGUCUGAAUAUGAUCCUCAAAUUAGGAGCCAGACGGGCAAGUAGGCUGCAGGAAGCAUGGCUGCCUGGGCUCUUCAGGCCACUGUCUCUGAGGCUGCAGGAAGCGUGGCUGCCUCGGUUCUUCAGGCUACUGUUUCUGACAUUUUAAACAGAAGGCAUGGGAGGCUCUGGGUAAAGGUUGGGGCGGAGGCUUAGAUAUUCCAGGAAUCUGCGGCCAGAGCCUAAUGAAAAUCUGACAGAAAGCAACCUCUCCCCACUUUAAAAGACUCUGUCCAGGCAGGCCUGUGGAUUCAAAAGCCAUUGAGGAGGAAGUGGCUGCCAUGUUCCAGCCUUUGACAUCAGGGUGACCUCAGAAAGAGUUAUUUAAUUCCAAAGCACAUCAACGGGCUAUUCACACGUAGGGAGGGGAAAAGAAAAGGAUUUAUAUCCCUUUCAUAUAUAAAAGGAAACAGAUGUGAUUUUCUUUACAAAGAGCAUUUCAUUAAAAAAAAAAAGGCGAGGCAGAGUUAACAUAACCAUUAUUCUCCGUCACAGGAAAAGCCAACGCUGUUUGCCUGUCAUUAUAGAAGGUAGCGAAAUCCUUCCAUCCCCCAAUUUCUCGUAAACAUUCCCCCCGCCUUCUGGGAGCAGGUCUCUGUUUCCCAUCUCACAACGAAGCCAUUUUCUUAGACUAACGUUUUAUAUACACAGCUCGGAUACAAUGCAAACUCCGGGUAUCCCAAAGGCAACGGGGCAUUCGUUUAUACUAAAUCGGAAGUGUCACCCUUGGCAACCUGCAGCGGUGAAACAUUUAUUCAGGCUUGCAUCCGUGGCACUUAGAAUUAUUUCUUUCAUGCCUGAUAGCCAAAUUACAAUAUGGCAGGCUUCCCUGGAGCCAUGGGAUCAUUAGUGCCAGCUCACAACAUACUUUCAACUGAUAUGGCAUUUCAUGUACAGCUGCCAAUCAAAAACCGGGAUAUGCAAAUGGGGACGGGAGCCCCGGUGUACAGUUCCUGUACUGUGAGCUCCUCACAGAUUUCCUUAAUGACUAGCAGUCAUUCCGCUGAGUAGAAGCAGAAAGAACACACAGGAAAAUUCCCCCAGGAAGCUGGUUGCAAGAGCCAGGAAUUUUUUUCCCCCCAUUGAUUUCCAUAUUUACUCUCUCGCUUGCCCCCUCUCUGUGUGCUUCUAAACAGGACGUCUAAAAUAUGGGAGCGGAGCUCGUUACAUAAAUACAGCCUCGUCAUUGUGGCGGAAAUGGUCAGGCCACAUUAAGAUGCUUGCAGAGGGCUCCCUUUGCAUAAGGGCUUGGGGUCCGGACCUUAGUGUAGGAGGCAGGCUCGCUGUGAGGCCGCUUGGCCCCGCGGGUCAUAAACGCCCCCUGACGGAUGGAGCUGGGUCCUUGCCUCGGAGGAGGAGGCACAGUAUCCUUUGUGUUUUCCGGUCCCCGCUUUCCUUUCCUCCUUGGCCCAGAGUCCUGCUUGCAACAGUCAGUUCUAGCCGUCCCCAGGGGCUUGCUCUCCAAGCUCUCAUUCAGGGCCUUGUUCUGUCUGUUUCUCUCUACCAAGCCCAGUACGGGCGGAGUGACAUAGCGUCAAGGAAUGGACCGCAUUACCUAACAGAGUAGAACUGUGUUCCAGAACCUUGGGUUUAAACUUGCGAUCUCACGGGGGACUGAGGAACGUCUUUGUUGGAAGUGCUCAUUACACCUUGGUUUGCUCAUCACAUGUUGUAUAGGCACCUCAUAAUGUCACCCGGUACCCACAACUAUACACAAGUUUUAUGUAUCAGGAGCAGUGAGGAGGCCCCCCCCACCCGCUGAUGGAGAGUGUGUGUGAGCUCCCGAACUGCCCAGUGUGAGUGUGGGCCACCCACUUUCCCCCGACCCCCCUGCACCCAGGAGAACCUGCUGGGGUCUGAGGGACGGACACACCACCACUGUAAACAGGCCCCCACCAGUUAGUGUCUGUGAGAUGCUGACUUCGGGGUUCUCCUUUAUGUUCCACUUCUGAGAAGCCAUGAAAUAUCAAACGCUAAUGAUGUGACAUUCCAAAGUGAUAAAAAUCCCUUUCAAGAAA